UGAAAUAACAGAUAAAAGUGUUGACAAGUUUUAUUUUAUAAUUAUUCACAAAUUUAUUUUCCAUCAAAAGAAGCGGCUGUCCCAGUAAUAAUGCUUGUUUAAAACUGAUUGAUCAACAAAAAAGUGAAAUAUUUUUUUAUUUAACAGAGCUUUGAUACAAACUUAACAAUGACUGUCAUGGAGUUUUUCGGCUGCGCUAUGAUAGCGUUUGGCCCAUCUGCAGCUAUGUUAGCCAUAACAAUUGCCAGAGACCCUAUACGUAUCAUAAUUUUAAUAUCAGCGGCCUUCUUUUGGUUACUAUCAUUAUUACUAUCAUCUAUACUUUGGAAUGCUGUGGUUCCCUUAAGGAAAGAGCUAGCUUUUGGUGUUGUGUUCUCGGUGAUUUUCCAAGAAGUUUUCAGAUUUUGUUUCUACAAAUUACUGAGGAAAGCUGAAGUUGGUUUGAAGAAAGUACAAGAAGUUGGUGCAGACGGUACUGUUGUGUCCAGUAAUAGAAGCACUUUAGCUUAUGUUGCUGGCCUUGGUUUUGGUUUAAUGAGUGGCUUGUUUUCACUAAUAAAUGUUUUAGCUGAUUCAGUUGGUCCAGGAACUGUUGGUUUAUUUGGAGAUUCACAUUACUUUUUUCUCACAUCAGCAUUCACUACUUUAGCUUUCACUCUACUUCAUACUUUUUGGGGAGUCAUCUUUUUUCAUGCAUGGGACAACCAUAGUUAUGGAAAAAUUGCCUUUGUAUUUGUAUCUCAUUUGCUAGUUUCUACUUUGACUUUGUUGAAUCCACAACGUCACUACUUGGCAUCUAUAAUACCUGCGUAUAUUGUUACUGUAACUAGUGGAGUUUUAGCGUACCAAUCUGCUGGAGGUUCUUGGAAAAGUCUUCUAGCGUCUUUCUCUAAUAAAAAUACUAAUUGAUAUUUGUUAACAUAAUUGCAUAAUUAUCUACAAUGGAGUUUUUUUGAAACUCAAUAUCGAGCUCAACGAUUAAAUGAUGGUCAUUGUGAAGCUCACAUUUGUA